AUGCCUUACUGUUAUCUACUACCUUACGUAUUUCACGUACACGUACUUUUAUUUGGUUAUUAUUACCAAUUGGUUAGUAAUUCACAGCAACGUUUUAAACGACACAUAUUACCUACAGAUCACAUUACGGUGCAUUCAUUCAAUUCCAAUAUUUCAAUUGCAAAUUGGGUUGUGGUUCAUUCGGACACGUCAAAAGUUCAAUUUCGAGAAAAAUUUUUACGAGGUGAAAUUUGGUCUGACUAUUCGAAAUUAGAAUUUCAGCCACAUGGACAGGAAGAAAAUUUUACAGCUCAAAGCAAUAUCCUUACAAUUUUUAAGCUAUCAAAAUUGAUGCUGCAAACAACAUGUGAGCAAAUUCAAAUGUCUUUGAAAGCAAAUCGAAGUGCUGAUGGUCAUUCGUAUUUACAAUAUAGAGCUGAUCAGAAUGUGAAGUUAAUUUUAUCUAAAGGUGUUACUCGAGUAAAUGUCAUCAAUGGUGAAUGGGCUCACAUUGCAGCUGCCACUUCGAACUUACGUAUGCAAAUGGAAUACGGAAACAUGAGUAUACAAAUAGCACCAGAUUACCGUUUUUUAAGGAUCAAAUCCGGAUUAUAUAUAGUCAAUUUAAGAACUAAUGUCUCAGCUUUCAAAAUAUCAAUCACUGACCAUGUAAUGGCAGUAAAUUGUGAAAGUGAAUUAACACAAAUACAGAUUUAUCCUAACUCAUCCAAUAUUAUCAUUACUACUGACCAGUAUUCGAGAAUGGUCCUUGACAAAGGUAGUAAAUCAGUAGUCUUAGGAGGUGAAAAAAUACAGUCAGUUGGAAACAUCAACAUUGUAUCGAUGCAACUAAAUAUUUUAUUGAAAUCAGGCGAUAUUAGCUUUAUUCAAGCAUCUGCAAACCAUUCACUGAUAACUAUGCAAGAAAGUUCAACAAAUAUGGCUUUAAAAGCUUCGCAUCACGAUAUGGAUAUUAUUGGUGGAAAAACAAAUUUGCAUCUUUUUACUGGAAAUAUUUCUAUAGAUAUCACUGCCAAUGCUGAUUUAGAAUCAUUACCAACAAUGCUUGCUUUAUUUUCAACUCCUGAUGAUAAUUUUGAAGACAUUGGACCAAUAAUUGAUUCUAUUAAUGGAUUUACUAUACCUUCUAAAAUCUAUAGCAAUACUACACUUCAAUCUCCUACAUUAGUUAGCCAGACUAUUUCUGAUAAAGCAAAUAGUUCUGAAUUUGAAAUAAUAAAACUACAAAAUAAAUCUUCUCUUGAGAAUACGCCUGAUGUUUUUUCUACAUUUGAUUUUCUUUUUGAAAUAACUACCUCAACUACUAUUUUUGAGUAUUCAACACUGACCAUACCAUUCCAAAAAACAACUUUAUGGCUUUCAAAUUUUACUGAAAGUUCUACUUUACUUCAUUAUGAAAAAACUUCUCAAAUAGGUGAUGAAGAUAUUAUGACAUCAGUUGAUCAAAAAAAUGCAACAGAAAUAACUGCCAUUACAGCAGAUGAGCCUUAUUUGUCAGUCCAAAAUUCAAUGACAUCUAUUACCUCUUCACCAAAUAUUUCAUCGACGAUUUCAUUUAAUUACAGUAUGAUAUCCACAUCGCAAAUAAUCUCCAAUGUAUCACAGCCAUUAAUAGUUGUGCCUUCGACUACAUUAUCUAAUAUAGAAGUAACAGUGCAGUCGAUUAUUCCGUUAAUUCCAGUUACAACAUUUAUUAGUACUGAAAUCACUCGAACUGUUAUUACUGAUAUUCCUCCGACUUUUGGCACAGAACAAAUGUCAACAAGCACCGCUUCAACAACACACCUUAUCAGUGAUAAUUCGUCAAGAGAAGAAUAUUCUGCAGGUGGUACAUGGCCUAUGGAUAAUGAUAGUAGUACAAAUAAUACUGAAUUUAUCUCAACUACAAGUAUAAAAGCAAUUAUUCCAACAACUUUAACAACUCUUACUUCACAAUCAGGAUCAGCAUGGACAGCAUUUUCCUCGCCACCAUUUGAAUUUCCAUCAAGCAAACGUCCUUUACCCACUGCUUCACUUCGAAAGGGUUGUUCAUAA